AUGAAGCUGGACAGCGGUCACAACCAGUCUCAGAGUUGCUGGACAGCGACAGAGUGGAUGGAGACAGAACAGGAGUCCAAAGCGGAGGGUAGCGGAGGUGCUAUGAUCCUAGUAAAAGGAGAUGGCAGAGCAAGAGGUAGCAGACAGAACAGAGGAAUAUAUGAGCAGAGAUAUAUUUUUGUGGCUGUUUUAUCUUUACUAUAUCCAGUCAUGAUAAUUUCAAACUGUUUACUCAUAUAUAUAAUAUGUGUUGAAAGAGUGCUACAUAAACCAAUGUACCUCUUUAUUUGCAAUUUGGCAUGUAUAAAUUUAUAUGGGGCCUCUGCUUUUGCACCUUUUGUUUUGACUAAGAUUAUGACAAAGGACUAUCAAAUCAGAUGGCUUUCUUGUCUUGUGCAAAUCUUUUCUAUUUAUACCUAUGGUGGCUGUGACAUAACAAAUCUUACGGUUAUGGCUUAUGAUCGAUAUAUAUCUAUAUGUUAUCCUUUACAGUAUGAAAAAAUAGUCACCCCUAGAAAAGUGGUUGUUGGUAUUGCAGUUUCUUGGCUUUUGCCUUUUGCCAGAAAUACUGUCACUAUUGCAAUGACAGCUCAACUUAACAUUUGUGGAGUAAUCAUUGAAAAAAUCUACUGUGAUAAUUUUUCUUUGGUGAAGUUGGCAUGCACUGACACAUUAAGUUUUAACAUAUAUGGUGGAGUUAUGAUGUUACAGUUAUGUCUUACAGUUAUGCUGGUUGUCAUUAUUUUCUACACGUAUGUAAGGAUCAUUCUUAUCUGUUUGCAGCUGUCAAAAGGAGGGCGAGUUAAAUUCAGCACAUGUGUUCCCCAUCUAGUUGCAUUGCUAAACUUUGUAAUUGGUGGAUGCUUUGAAAUGUUCCAAACUCUGUUCAAUAUGCAACAUGUGCCUCACACUGUACGUGUAGUAAUCUCUUUGUAUGUGCUUAUUCUGUCCCCUAUCAUUAGUCCAAUUAUCUAUGGGGUAAAAACUCAGAAAAUAAAGGAGGUCAUAAAAGAGAUCCUCUGCGUGGGGCAGAGUUUGCUCUUUUCCCAGUUGACCCGAAGACCCAAACGGGCGAGAUGCCGAAGCGUUAAAUCUCUGUGCUCGCAAAGCGUCCGUCGAGAAUGCGCUAUUAUAAGCCAAUCGUCGAGGUAAGCCAAUAUGCGAACGCCGCUCUCUCUGAGGGGUUUUAACGCCGCCUC